AUUUAAACACGUUUGUCAAUGUCCUAUAGAAACUGUGAUACCAUCUUCACUGAGUCUUAAGAAACAAAUAAGAACUUAAAUUUAUCUACUCCACCAUUUAAAAAAAUAUUCUAAAGCAAUGAGAUAACAUUUCCAUAAACACAUAACAAGAGUAACUUUUAGUAUGAGUUUUAUAAUGAUUCUAAUAGAACUCCAUAAACUAAAAAUAUAUCUGUAAGCAAUUCAGAACAAAAAUCCUUUUUAAAAUUCCAAUCUUAGAAUUCAAUCGGAAAUUUUAAUAACUUAGCAUAAAAUUUAUUUAAAACCAAUACUAAAGAUUAAAAAUAAGAGUAUGUGUAAUAUAUCACUUAAAAUAAAAUACGAUAUAAAGAAUUAUAUUUUAAAUUCAAAUAUCAUAUUCAAAAUAUAAACUUAAUAAAAUUUAUUUUAUUAAUUAAUUUUUUAUAAUAGGAUUGAAGAAAUUAAACCUUGUAAUUGCAAGAAAAGUAAAUGCCUAAAAUUAUAUUGUGAUUGUUUUGCAGCUGGUAAAUUAUGUUCAUCAAAAUGCAAUUGUUGUGGUUGUUUUAAUAACAGUUCAAAUUUGAUAGAGAGAAACUUAUUUAUGGAGAAAGUGGCUGAAAAGAAUCCAGAAGCAUUUAAUUAAAAAGUAAAAGAAGUUGAUUACAAAUUGGCACAUUCAAAAGUAAAUAAUAUUUUUAAUCUAAAUAAGGGAUGUAAUUGUAGAAAAAGUGGUUGUAAGAAGAAAUAUUGUGAAUGCUAUUAAAUGGGAAUUGAAUGUUCUGAUAAUUGUAAAUGUGAUGGAUGUUAAAACUGUUCUUCUAAUAAAUUGGUUAAAAUCUUUACUUAAUAAGACAUUUCACAAUUUUCUAGAUAACUUAAAUAGUUAAGUCAACCAUUUUGA